AUGAUGUGGUGGACUCCAGAGCCACUCUACAAUGAGUUUGCUGGAACAGAUGCAGAGAUGCAACGGGUUACACUUCCACCGCCCACUCAAGCUUGCCUUGAGGCGUAUCCAACAGAUGAAGAUGAAUGCUCCCCCAAUCAAACAUUACGAGUUUCAUCCCCCGAUGCUGCCUGUGAUCACAACCCUGUCAAUCUACAUAAGCUUGUCAGCAGUUCUCUGCAUGAUAUUACAAUCGCUGGCGAUGAGGCCACAAGAAACCCAACAAGUGAAAUGAUCAGAAGCUUCCAGUUGACAGAGCUACAACUCAGUGAAAUAUUUGAAUUGUGGCAAUCGGAACAAACACCAAGGGAGGCAGUCUGCAAAUGGGCAACCGACAAUCUAGAGUUUCUACGUUCAGCGGUGCCUAAAUCCUACCCAAGAACUCUUCAGGUGGAGCCUCAAUCUGCAUUUUCUUUCUUCCUCAUUGCCUUUGGGGCCAUUGCAACAAUCAUCGUUAUUGUCACGUCCUACCUGGUACUAAAGCAUCAAGACAAGAAUUCUAUCAAACAUGCCCAGCCAGGGUUCCUGGGGCUCUUGCUGGCUGGGUCUCUCAUGGUGGCAUUGGGAGCCAUUUUGCUUGCGCUUCCAGCAACAAAGGGAACUUGUAUUGCCACAACCUGGCUCAUCAACAUUGGCUACACAUUCGAGCUUGUGCCACUCAUCAUCAAGGUUGCAGCAAUCAACAAAAUGAUGGCGGCUGCUAAUUCCAUGAGGCGAGUCAACUUAUCCAUCCAGUCACUCUACCAGGCAGUGGCAUUCAUUGGGGUUUGCUGCUGCAUCUUCCUAAUUCUCUGGACAGUGUUUGACACGCCACGCAAACAAGCAGAGUACUCACUCACCGAAUCCAAAACUGCUGAUGGAAAGCAUAUCGUGUCAGUCAGUUAUUUCUGUGGAAUGACAUCCAAUGCAUGGCAGUUUGCAGCUGUGGGUUGGAAUAUGGUCCUCCUGCUGUGUGCUUCUGUCUUGGCCUUUCAGUCUCGGAAUGUCUUGGAAAGCUUCAACGAAUCCAGGACUCUGGCCUUUCUUUGCUACUCCCACUUUGUCUUUGUCUGUCUCAGAUCUGGCACACUAUUCUUGCAGGAUCAGUUGCAUGGGAGUACUAUUGACGAAAUCCAGAGUCUUCUCUACAGUGUGGAUACCAUGGCGACGGUUGUCAUCUACUUCAUUCCCAAGUUGAGAAAAGAGCGUCCCAGAAAUGGUAGUAGCGCACUACCGGUAGGGACGACUUUGACUGGCAGGCUGUCGGGUUUUCAAACGCCAGGUGCACUGAUGAAUUACAUGAGUGGUGCCCUUGGUGUGCCCAGACUGAGUUGGGGUGUCAAUCAGCGAACUGUGAAUGCCAGCAACAGUCCCAGUUUUGUCCAGGAUCUUCCCGGCGAUGAGGAUUGCCAAGGCAAUGAGCGUGAAGUUGCGGCAGAGAUUGAGCCAUUCAAAUCGGCUGGUGGAAAUGGCGCCGUGCCACGAGAAACAGAGCCGCCGGCAGAGGGUUUAGAGCUUCCAGAUCGAGAUCGCUGGAGAGACGAGUUGUUGGCGUCCUUUGGCCCCCAAGAACGCAACAAGGACGGUAAUUCGGCCCGACGGACAGUUCUUGGAAAGCGAGCCUCUUGGAGUCACCCUACUACAUGUACAACAAGUUUAUUGAGUAGUGAGUCAGAAGCAUAUGAAUAA